AUGAUUGGAGUUUACUGUAACGACGAGCCACAAAAUCGAGCCAAAAGAUACGACGGAUACUACGGUGGAUAUGGAUACGAUGGAUGGGGUGGUGAUUGGUGGUAUGGCGGUCGUUUUAUCGGCUUGAUUCUCGGCAUUUUCUUGCUGAUGUUGUGCUGCUGUGUGCCGUUGAUUUGCUUGGCUGGUAUCUGGUUCAUGGGCUGGUUCGGGAUCAAGGGUCGCCGCGAUGCACGCCUCAAGUCUCAAGGAGUGGCGUACGGUGCACCGGCUCCCCAGAUUGUCCAACUACACUCCGAGCCACAACCUGUCAUUCGAACCGUUCGUGCCCGUUCCCUUUCCCCAACUCGUAACACUUUUGCCACACAGGCCCCCGCUGAACAGGUAAUUUACACAGCAGAGGACCGUUAUUACACCUCUUCCACCUCUCCGCCACGUCACAAUAGUCGAAUU